AUGGCAGUCUUCAAAACUCUCAAUAAGAUUGUCUUCUAUCUCGCCUUGGCCCAAUUUUGGCACAGCUUGGUAGGAGCCCAAAUCCUCAAACAGUCAUGCAUCAACGACUCAUGCAGCGCCAAGCGCAUCACAAUCUCCAACCCUCCGAUCAAUCUAUGGGACGCCAACGUCAUCACCGCAUUCAACGACUUCAUGCUCAGCCUACAAGAUCAAAACGACACCAAAGUCGUAAUCUUCAACAGCGACAGCCCCGAUUUCUGGGCCUCUACUCUUGAUUUCAACCUCUUUUCACCAAAUGGAAUUCCAGGACGCAAUGCCUCUGCCCUCGUGGACACAUACUUUGCCAAUCUGGACCUCCUCUUGACAACGCCCGUCAUCUUUAUCGGCGAAACAAACGGCCGAGCCUGGGGCGCUGGAGAUGAACAUCUGCUCAGGAUGGACCUGAGAUUUGCCGGCCCACAGGCUCAGUUCGGCGCCCCUGAAGCAGCCGUCGGAGUGAUCCACGUCGGAGGUCUCCAACAGCUAGUAAGACUCAUUGGCCCUGGACGUUCUGCCGAGUAUCUGCUCGCUGCCGCACAAGUCAGCGCUUCUGAAGCAGCCCGUGUAGGCUGGGUCAACUCUGUACAUCCUACAGCCGAGGCUCUCCAGCAACAUGUCGACAGCGUAGCGACGAGAAUUGCACUCUUUCCCAUCGAAGCCCUCCGGGCCACUAAGGCUAGCAUUGCGGAACAAGCUCCCCCCAAGACGGCCUUUGAGAACGACCUUGCUCGGUUCAAUCAGCUGGCAUCGUUGCCACAGGCGUUGGACAACUUGACCAGCGUUCUCCGGCUAUCUCAGAACGAAUCCAGAUCAUGGGAAGAGAAUCUCAACAAUAAUAUUGUCCGGCAGCUUUAUUAA